UUUCCAUCGUACACCCACUGCUUGCAGCGUCUGAUGGCCCCGCGACAAGUCUUCCCGUACGAUGAGUGCGGAGUCCUCCGCACGCCGCGGCAGUUGCUGGCAGAGUCGCAGCAGCAGCAGCAGAAGGAGCUCGAGUCGCAGCAGCAGGAGCAGCAUCAUCAGAGAGAGCCAUGGCUCGACCUUGACAACCCAUCGCCCUUUACCCCGACGUUUGAUGAGUCAGGAAGCAGCGGAGGCGAGGCGGGCUGCGUGCAGCAACCGCACUCCAGCGACCUACGAGACGCGCUGAAGGAUGACGACGACGACGACGACGAGAGCUUGGACUUGGGGACGGCCUGGGCGAGCCGCGAGUUCGUGCCAAAGCCUGGGGUGGAGAUUUUUGUCGGAGGCCUGACCCGCAGCACGCGACGCGACAUGCUGCGGGAUUGGUUUCAGCAUGCCGGGGAAGUAACCGAAGUGCGCAUCGCGCGCGACAAGAGGCGCAGGAGGUGCCGCGGGUACGGCUACGUGCGCUUCGCCACGAGCGAGCAGGCAAACCUGGCCAUCGAAACCAUGCACCGCUUCGAGUUCAAGCACGGCAGGUUCCUCGGCGUCUUGCCCUCUGAUGAAAAUCGUACGCUGUUUGUGGGAGGGCUCCAGGAGGAGUGGAGCUGCGCCUACAUAUGCCAGCUUCUCAAGGAGAAAAUGCCUGGCUUGAGGAAAGUGGAGCCCAUUCCCGACCGGGAGGACAGGUUCAAGAUCCGCACCUUCUGCUUUCUGGAGUUCGCUUCCCACGCCGAGGCCGCCGUGAUUUUCAACCGGCACCAGACCAGCCCCCGGCUGCCGCAGCCGCCACCUCACCAACAGGCGGCGGCUGCGGCUUCUUCGACGUCGCAAGGCCCGACGACUGAGCUGUCGCUCCCGCUCCCGCCGCCUUUUGCUGCGUCGGCCGCCGGGGGGGGCGCGGGCUUGCGUUACGAGCGUGAUGCACGGAGGGAGAGCAGGAGCAGCACCACCUGCACCAGUGCCGGUGACAACGCCGCUGAUGGCGGCGGCGAAAAAGAUGGGACGGGAGCGGGGGUACCGCUGGUUGUCGGCGGUGCCACCCUGAAAGUCGAUUGGGCGGACCCCCUGCGGUACCACAUCCACCUGAACGGGGGCAUCAAGGGACCGUCGGCUCCUCCGGAGUCCGGCGUGCAGAACGGUCGUCCCGCCUCACGCGGCGCCGGCUGCAAGGGGGGUUCUGGGAACGGAGGAGGAGGGGCCUUUCGGGGCGCGGUAGGUAUCGGCGGCGGCGGCGGCGGCACUUUCCCGCCCUGGCAGCAGCAAGAACAGAUGAGGCGGUCGUCGCCAUUGAUCGACCCCAGGCGGCAGGGCGGGGACCACUCGCGCGCCGUGCACGCUCUGGAGCACCAGCAUCUUCUGCAGCAGCGGCACCAGCAGCAGCGGCGGCAACAACACCAGCAACCCUAUCAUCGCCAUCGCCCGUCAGAUUCCCAACAACGGAACGCGGCGGCACCGAGCAUUAUGGCCCUGGACGGGUCUUCAGAUCGCCUCACUCACCACCUGUCACUCAGCGGGUCCUCGCCCGCGGCGACGCGGGAGCGCGGCUACACCAUCGCGUCGGGGCUUACAUCCACCCGGAGGGCCUUCUGCGAUGACGUGAUUGGCGGCAGCAGCGGCGGCGGUGGCGCGGGUUCCCUGUCCCAGCAGCACCGGUUCGGCGGCGAAGGCGAAAGGCCGCGAUCGGUCUCGUCGAGCGGCGUGCCGCUCCCCCGCCACCACCGCGCGUCCCGCUACUCCCCGACCCACGCCGGCUUUCUCCGCGACGUGGCGACGGUGGAGGCGGCCGCCGAACAGCGGGACUACGGUGGCCGCCCAAGCGCGCCCGGGGGUCCCGUAGAGUUGCACGAUCAAUACCCGCACCGCAACUCUCGGCCGCAGCACCCUUCGGGCAUGGUCGGACGAAUGGGAGGCCAGGAGAGUUCCAUGAGGCAGCAGCUUCAGGACCACGACCAUCAUCACGGCAGCGGCAGCGGCAGCGGGCAUGUUCGGCCGUAUAGCGCCGGCGCCGUCGACCCUGGCACCGGCGGCGGCGGCGGUAACUACGGCAUCGUCCGCCGCGAUAUGCCGACGAGGAGUGCCUCUUGCCGCCCCUACAGCGAGCACCAGCACCCCGCAGCGGCAUUGCCGCCAUCGUCUCGGGAUUGCCUCGGGUCUUGGGAAGGGGUCGCCGCCGGCGCAGGCGAUGGCGAGGCCUACUUGGAUUGGUCUGGCUCCACGGUGCCCCCGCCUUCCGGCCGGAGAGAGCUUCGCAGGUGGUCCCUGCAACAGCAGCAGCAGCAGCAGCAGCAGCAAAGGCAGCAGCAAAGGCAGCAGCAGCGUUGGGAGCAACAAGACGCCCUUGACCGCGCGACCGGUGCUUUUGCGACAGCAGCCUGGCCAAAGGACGCGGCACGCCUUCUCGAGGAAGGUUGGGUCGAAGACAACGACAUUGGCACCAGAAACGACAAUAAUUCCGCCGCUGUGUUCUCCGGUUGGGAUUCGGGGUUCGGGGAGGAGCAGCGGGGGCGGCGGCGGCAGCAGUCGCCGCCGGCACGGUUCCGGAACGGCGUGGCGGCGGUUUCAGCCUCUACCGCGGCCCUUCACGCGCACCCUCGCCGCCACUCCGUUACGGAAGGGUUGGUCGGCGGCGGCGGGGUCGGCGGCGGCGGCGGGGUCGGCGGCGGCGGCCUGGCUCGAGCGGUGGUAGGAGGAGCGGUCCCCACCGACAAGGAUAACGGUGGCAGCUGUCCUCCCGGGUUCUCGGCCGGGUUGACCCGCGGCUACGGCAACGGUAGCAAUGAACGUCGCUGGAGUGAAACCGACAACUGCAUCUUGCAGCAGGCGCAGGGAGAAGAGAGAGGCGUGGAGGUCGACUUUGGAAGUCUCACCUUGUCCGACCACAGCGGUGGCCGCACUUGGGGCGGCGUGUCGUCGCUCAUGCCUGAAGGCGGCACCGCCCCCAAUGACGAUGAUAUCGUCGGAGGCCUCUGGGAGGGCAUCGGGGCGGGAGGACUCGACAGCCAGGAGCUGUCAUCAUCGUGGCCGAACUCGCUUCUUUCUCCCGGUUCGGGAGGUCGCAGCCCGUGGGGUACGUAAAACCACACGGAGCGAUGAGUUCGUUGGGAGGGG